AUGACUGCUGAAGUUAAGGUUGAGGAGAAACAGGUGGAGUCAGAGGUUGUUGUUGCUGCUGCAGUUGUUCCAGAGGAGACAACAGUGAAAGCUGUUGUGGAAGAGACAAAGGUUGAAGAAGAAGAUGAGAGUAAGUCUAAGGGUGUGGAGAAGAGUGCUUCUUUCAAAGAAGAGAGUGAUUUCUUCUCUGAUUUGAAAGAAUCAGAGAGAAAGGCUUUGAGCGAUCUGAAGUUAAAGCUUGAGGAAGCCAUUGUUGAGAACACUCUUUUCAAGAAGAAGAAAGAGAGCAGCCCUGUGAAGGCUGAGAAGAAGAAGGAAGCAGAGGAAAAGCCUGAGGCCGUUGUUGUUACCGAAGAAGCGAAAGCUGAGGAAAGCCCCAAAGAAGAAGCUAAGACUGAGGAUGUUGUAACCGAAGAAGCGAAAGAUGAGACAAUUGAGGCAAAGGAAACCCUCAAAGAAGAAGUAAAGACUGAGGUUGAUGUUGUCAAGGAGGAAGAUACUAAGGAAGAAGUGAAAGCUGAGAAUGUAGCUGAAGAAGAGAAGAAACCUGAGGCUGUAGUUACCGAAGAAGUGAAAGCCGAGACUGUUGAGGAGGAGGAAGAAGAUGAGACGGUGGAUAAAGAUAUCGAGCUAUGGGGAGUGCCAUUGCUUCCAAGCAAAGGAGCUGAAGGCACAGAUGUAAUCCUCUUGAAGUUCCUGAGAGCAAGAGACUUCAAAGUCAAUGAAGCCUUUGAGAUGCUGAAGAAAACACUCAAAUGGAGGAAGCAACACAAGAUUGAUUCGAUCCUUGGAGAGGAUUUCGGGGAGGAUCUUGCCCCUGCAAGUUACAUGAGCGGUGUGGACCGCCAAUCACGCCCGGUUUGCUACAAUCUCCACAGCGUGUUCCAGAACGAGGAGCUUUACCAGACGACAUUUGGGUCAGAGAAGAACAGAGAGAAGUUCUUGAGGUGGAGGUUUCAGCUGAUGGAGAUGGGAAUACAAAAGCUUGAUCUAAAACCAGGCGGUGUUACUUCUCUUCUCCAGAUCCAUGAUCUCAAAAACGCUCCUGUGUUGUCAAGGAAAGACCUCUGGCUUGCGGUCAAGAACGCAAUCGUAGCUUUGCAGGACAAUUAUCCGGAAUUCGUAUCCCACAAUAUCUUCAUAAAUGUUCCGUUCUGGUUCUACGCCGUCAGUUCUCUCGUCACGCCGUUCUUAACGCAACGAACCAAGAGCAAGUUUGUUGUUGCUCGUCCUGCCAAGGUCACAGAGACUCUUCUCAAGUACAUUCCAAUAGAGGAGAUCCCGGUUCAGUACGGUGGAUUCAAAAGAGACAAUGACACCGAAUUCUCCAACGAAACUGUCACUGAAGUUGUCGUUAAGCCUGGAACAUCUGAAACCAUUGAAAUCCCAGCUCCUGAGAUUGAAGGUACAUUGGUUUGGGACAUUGCGGUAUUGNGAUGGGAAGUGAGUUACAAGGAAGAGUUUGUUCCCACGGUCGAAGGAUCUUACACUGUGAUUGUUCAAAAGGGGAAGAAGAUUGGAUCAAAUGAAGGAACGAUCAGGAACAGUUUCAAGAACAGUCAGUCUGGUAAGAUUGUUCUUACAGUUGACAAUGUCUCAGGCAAGAAGAAGAGAGUUUUGUACAGGUACAAGACCAAGACAGAAACCUCUUCUUGA